AUGUCUUCUCAACCAGUCUAUACUCAACCCCAAUAUGUUGCUUAUCCAUCAAUGGAUCAAUAUGAACAACAACAGUACGAAGUCCCUCUUGUUCCACAAUCCCUUUAUGUUCAACAAAUGCUUCCAGUUCAAGAAAACAAAAAAAGUGAGAAACAUCCAAUAAUUGGAUUGUUUUUCUUCCUUGGCUUUAUUUUUCCGUUAAUAUGGUUAGUUCAAAUCAUUAUAUAUGCUUUUAAAUCAAACCUUCAUGUUAAAGUUUGGGGUCUUAGGGCAUUGUGUGCAUUUUUGUUUUAUUGUUUACUCACACUUGUUGGUUUCCUUAUUCUUUUUGGAAUAAAUUUAAACCAAUGCUAUGAACAUCGUUAUCAUUAG